AGGAGCAAGGUAUGCCUUUAAUAUGGUGACACACACUGAAGGAUGUAGUAGAAUAUGCUAGGUGCGGAAGGGAAGUACAUUCUAAGCAUCGGCGCAGUUGUAAGAAGGACACGUGGGAAAAUGCAUGAAUGAACAGAGCAUAGUGUGCUCCCUUGUUAAGGCGUUUAGGAAUUUACAGAAGACAGUUCAGAGAAUUGUCGGUGAUUAUAUUUAAGAAAGCAUUCUAGGAAAUUAAUGAUUCUGAUAGAUUUGUCCAGAAAUUGUUUUAGAUUCCUAUAAAUGAACAUAAACCACCUGUUUUAUAUCUUACAGAUUUCAGACAAAGUCUGUUUUUCAGCAAUGCUGGAAUCAAACGAUUGCAUUUUAUCCAUGGAUUCUUUGUUUUUCAGUAGCCCAGGUGAAACUGAAAGCUUUCCAGUUGAGGAAAAAUCACAGGAUUGGUUUCUCCCUCCAGCUCCACUGAUCUCAGAAAUUCCAGAUAUUCAAGAGUUAGAGGAAGAAAUUGAAAAUUAUAAGCUAUUAGGAAAAAGAAAGAUGCCCAAUAUAUUAACAUCAAACUUGAAGAUCAUUAAUGAAGACACAAAUUGUAUUUCACCAACACAGAAAUUCCAUUUUCCCUAUAACAUACAUGAACAGGAUUACCUAAAUUUAGGAGGAUCAAGUAACAAUGACAUGUCACAUAUAGCUGGCAAGCUAGUGUACGGUUCUUCUCAAAAAUAUAAAAAUCACAUGGGGGAUGAGAGUCCACCGACAAAGAGUGGUCCUGGUGACACAAAGCUGCAUACUGCUGCCGAGGACAGAGAGGGCACAUCCGCACUCAAAACCAGAUUAUCUAGAACAUGUGGCAGUGUACAGGAAUGUGACUAUGCUAAUGGAAAUUUAAGCUUGAAUUCUCAUAUUAGUCCAGCGAGACUUACCCAAACAAAAGUAAGCAAAGAGAAGCCAUGGAGCUGUGGCAAUAGAAAACAGAAACUGCAGUAUUCUACAGACAAAUCCAAAGCAAACGAUGCUUUUUCUGCUUCUGGAGUUGAAAAAGACCUAUUCGAAGCACCAUCGUUUUCUGCUGCGUCUCAGCCUCAUGACGUUCAAGGCAUAACCUCAAAUGGCUUAGGUUCGUUGAAGGCUGUCACAGAAAUCCCUGCAAAAUUUAGAAGUGUAUUCAAAGAAUUCCCUUACUUCAACUAUAUUCAAUCCAAAGCCUUUGAUGAUCUUCUUUACACAGAUAGGAAUUUUGUGAUUUGUGCCCCCACUGGUUCUGGGAAAACUGUAGUGUUUGAGCUAGCGAUAACAAGAUUGUUAAUGGAAGCACCAUUGCCGUGGCUGAACAUGAAAGUUGUUUACAUGGCACCAAUAAAAGCCCUUUGUAGUCAGCGGUUUGAUGACUGGAAAGAAAAAUUUGGACCGAUAGGCUUGACCUGUAAAGAACUUACUGGAGAUACAGUAAUGGAUGACCUGUUUGAGAUUCAGCAUGCCAAUAUAAUUAUGACAACUCCAGAGAAGUGGGACAGUAUGACUAGGAAGUGGAGAGACAACUCCUUCAUCCAACUGGUUCGCCUGUUUCUCAUUGAUGAGGUGCAUGUUAUUAAAGAUGAAAACCGUGGUCCAACUCUUGAGGUUGUAGUAAGCAGAAUGAAAACUGUCCAGUCUUUAUCUAAGACCUUAGAAAACGCCAGCCCUGCUCCAGUGAGGUUUGUAGCUGUAUCUGCAACAAUUCCCAAUGCUGAGGAUAUUGCAGAAUGGCUUUCAGAUGGGGAGAGACCUGCUGUGUGUCUGAAAAUGGAUGAGAGCCACAGACCUGUGAAACUUCAGAAGGUGGUCCUGGGUUUCCCCAGUAGUAGUAACCAAACUGAAUUCAAGUUUGAUUUAGCCCUCAACUAUAAAGUGUACAGUGUUAUACGGACGUACUCCGAUCAGAAGCCCACACUGGUGUUUUGUGCAACGAGGAAAGGUGUGCAGCAGGCUGCUUCUGUUCUUGUGAAGGACGCUAAGUUUAUCAUCACCGUGGAGCAGAAACUACGGUUGCAGAAGUCUGCAUAUUCUAUAAGGGAUUCAAAGCUAAAAGAUACCUUGGUGUACGGUGUUGGUUACCAUCAUGCUGGAAUGGAGCUGUCAGAUAGAAAAUUGGUUGAAGAGUUGUUUACUUCUGGAGAUCUACCAGUUCUUUUUACCACAAGUACUCUAGCUAUGGGAGUGAACUUGCCGGCUCACCUGGUCGUUAUAAAGUCCACCAUGCACUACACUGGAGGUGCGUUUGAAGAGUACAGCGAGACAGACAUCCUGCAGAUGAUUGGAAGAGCUGGCAGGCCCCAGUUUGACACCACAGCUACUGCAGUUAUUAUGACUCGACUAAGUACAAGAGAGAAGUAUGUUCAGAUGCUAGCUUGUAAUGACACUGUGGAAAGCAGUUUGCACAGACAUCUUAUUGAGCACCUGAACGCAGAGAUAGUGCUGCGCACCAUCACAGACGUGAGCAUCGCCCUGGACUGGAUCCGGUCCACACUGCUGUAUAUCAGAGCUCUGAAAAACCCAUCUCACUAUGGUUUUAUAUCUGGAUUGAACAAAGAUGGAAUUGAAGCAAAAUUACAAGAGUUAUGUUUGAAGAAUCUGAAAGAUUUAUCAUCACUAGACCUAAUAAAGAUGGAUGAAGACCUUAAUUUCAGAUCAACAGAGGCGGGAAGACUAAUGGCAUGGUAUUAUAUUACAUUUGAGACAGUGAAGAAAUUUUGUGCAAUCAGUGGAAAAGAAACUUUAUCAGAUUUGAUUUCAAUGAUAUCCAGCUGCAGUGAGUUUGUAGAUGUGCAGCUGAGGAUAAGCGAAAAGAGAACACUGAACACACUAAACAGAGACCCAAACCGGAUAACCAUCAGGUUUCCAAUGGAGGGGAGAAUUAAAACCAGAGAGAUGAAAGUGAACUGUCUUAUUCAGGCUCAGCUAGGAUGCAUCCCUAUACAAGAUUUUGCUUUGACACAAGAUACCUCGAAGAUUUUCAGAAAUGGCUCACGAAUUGCAAAAUGGUUGUCAGAUUUUGUGACUGCUCAGGAACAGAAGUUUGCUGUGCUUUUAAACAGUGUGAUUUUAGCUAAAUGUUUUAAGUGUAAACUCUGGGAAAACUCUCAACAUGUUUCAAAACAGCUGGAUAAAAUUGGCAUAUCAUUGUCAAAUACCAUGGUAAAUGCAGGCUUGACGUCUUUUAAAAAAAUAGAAGAAGCAAAUGCAAGAGAACUUGAACUGAUUUUAAAUAGACACCCGCCAUUCGGGACCCAGAUAAAGGAAGCUGUGAUGUAUCUGCCAAAGUAUGAGCUUGAGGCAGAGCAGAUUGCAAGGUACAGUGAUACCAAGGCAGAAAUACUGGUGACCAUUAUAUUAAGAAACUUUGAGCAGCUGCAGACCAAAAGAACAGCGCCAGACUUUCACUAUGCCACCUUAAUCAUAGGUGAUGCAGAUAACCAAGUCGUUUGUAAGCACAAAAUUAUGGAUUCUGUCUUGUUAAAAAGUGGAAAUUGGGUUAAAAAAAUUGAUGUGAAGAGAGCUCUUAUAUCAGAAGAUCUCAGCAUAAAUCUAAUUAGCUCUGAUUAUGUUGGUCUUGAUAUUCACCAGAAAUUUACAGUCUUUUAUUUAGGACCCAGGAAGUUUGUAAAUCAAACAAUUAUGGAAAGAAGCUCAGGAACAGGCCUUUCUCAUUCUGAAUGCUCAGACAGAGCUACUGCAGCAGGAUCCAGUAAGAGAACGGCUACCUGCAGAAACCCUGGGAACCGAGAAUGCCAUCAUCACUGUAAAAAUAAGCACGCAUGUGGGCAUGACUGCUGUAAAAUCGGAGUUGCACAAAAGCCAGAAGCUAAAGUGUCAGCAGUGUCCUCAUAUCUGUCUGACCUAAAAAGCAGAGAUGCUGUUUCUUCUCUUCCCCCAGCUAAGCGACUCAAGAUACAGAUGAACAAAUCUCAAAAUGUGGACCUUAAAGAAUUUGGUUUUGUUCCAAGGCCUUCCCUUUCCAGUAUAGCAAGGUCAGAAUAUUUAAACAUCCCUAAAUUGCCAAUAUUAGAACAGAGGACUCAGCAUGAGAUCUAUGGCAAAGUUCAAGAGGGAGCGUCUGAAUGCCGUGACAAAGACGGCCCGCAUGUGAACGCAGAGCUGGGAGAUGAAGUUUGGGAUGACUUUGAUGAUGAAAGCUUAAUAGAAGUUAUGAGCUUCUCAGCUGACGCCGAGGAGAUGGCUGUAUCAGGGUUUGGAGACACUCGUGAUUCAAGUCUAGGCAGAAGUAAGCUACACUUCGGAAGAUCAAGCAGCAGGUUCCAAAGAGACAUCUCAAACAGUUUUGUUUCAUCACCCGAGAAGCCAGAUGUUUGUUUCUCAGAUUGUUCCGUGUCUAAUUUCGGGCUGUCCUCUGUGGCAGAGUUCCCUCAACAAGCUGGAAAUGCAAGUCUUGUCAAUUUACAAGAGAGAAAACAGCUGACUCUCUCACCAGUGAUUGAGAGGAUGUGCUUUACCCACUCUGAGAAAAUACCACAGUCUCCCAGUUUUAAGGAAGUGGAUAUUUUUAUUGGAAACAGUGGCUCUAAAAAGGAAAUUGAUCUUAGUAAGUAUUAUCCUGAUGAUGCAGCUGAGGAAAUGAAGGCCCUUCUGGGAAUAUUUAAUGGCAUUUUCUAAAGAUAAAAAAUACAGUUAAUAAGGCAAAGUAUGAACACGUGUAAUGACUAAAAAUGCUUUUUAUUUGUAAAGAUAAUUGGUAAUUGUUCAGAAUUUUUCUCUUAAGUUUGAUUCAUUCUUUGACUUUGUUAUUAUAAAAUAUAUGG